CCGUUCUCCAAUCCAACAGUCUUCCGCCUCAUGAACUGGGCUCACUCCGGCUCGACAUUGAAGACUGGCCAGGAGGUCGAUAAGCUUGUCCACGAUGUUGUCCUUGCUGGCGACUUCGAUAAAGAGGAUCUACAGAACUUCCGAUACAGUCGCGAGUGUGACCGCCUCGACCAUGUCGGCGUCAGCCCUCAGGAAACCCUCGCUACGGCGGAUGGUUGGCACGAGGCAUCUGUCAAGAUUCGUCUCCCUAAAGAAAAGGUCGUGUAUACCUCUGAGGAUGCCUGUCCGCAGUUCGAGGUAUCUGGCAUCCACUACCGCAAACUCCUUGAUGUCAUCAAAGGUGUCGCACAGUCCGCAGAUGCUCGCUACUACGACUGGCUACCUUUCCAACUCCUCUGGCGUCGCCCCAAGGGAUCUUCACCCACCUCAGAUUCGGAAUCAGAA